CGAGAUUCGUAUAUUUGAAUUGCCCCUAGAGAUGGUCCUGUCCUCGCGGGAAGUAGAAAGGAAUUAUCUACUAUCUCUGGAUGGCAGUUGCAGCAGUCCAUCUUCGAAAAUUGAUGCCGCAUCAAGUGAAAAGCAAAAAGAACAACUAGCCGACACAGCAUCUUCUGUAGUGAACGCAAGAGAGGUGGAUAAGGUGAAAAGCCUCAUCACCUAUGAAGAAGACAAAGAGCAGCAGGCAGAUGCGGGCGAUAAACUAGGAGGACAGGCUAAGGCAGGAAAAAAAGAAGGAAACAAGAGCAACAGCAGCAUCAAUACUCACGGUCUCCUGGAGGAUGAAAAAGAAUCUUCAGUAGCUCCCUUCAACACGACUAAGAAUGACAUCUCUCUCGUGGAUGUGCAUAAGGUCACGCGAUUGAAAUCGGUGACGCAUUUCAAAGCUUGUGAGAAGUUCUAUUCCGAACAGCAGUCCGUGAAAGGUCGAUUCUCUCCAGAUGGAAGAUUAUUCUUUGCCAACUGCGUCGUACCUGAUGAGGCACACAUAUACCAAGUCCCUGAAGUGGAGCUGGGGGCUGUGGAGGGUGAGAGAACAAAGAUGUUGGUAGGCGCAGAUGACGAGAAAUCGCAGGUUGGCGUUGAUUCAUUCAUGAAUCAUGCGAGCACUGAACAACCGAACCAUGCGAGCACUGACGUCAAAAAGGAAGAUACUUCUACCCGGGUCCAAAGAGCUACCAAAAAGCUCUUUGGACCGGCGCAGGACGAUGAGCAAUCAGUGGAGGACGCAGAAGAAGUAGAAGGAGAAGACGGACAAUUACUAAUAUCGACAGAAGAGGCAUGGGAGCUGUUGAUAAUCUUCGAUCGGACCUACACCUCCGGUCAACCACUGUUCUCUCCGGACUCUGCAUGGUUUGCGUACAAUGGGGAAUUGUAUUUACGGAUUAUCAUCGGACUUGUUCGACUUCUUGUAGUUGUAGGUUGCAAUGGAGGUGCUGGAGGUAUUAAUUUGGUAACCUGAUUUAUUUUUUUGAUCACAAGGAUUCUCUUCUUGUUUUCCUUAUGCUCAAAAUCAGGUUACCAAAUACCAGAACCAUUCAAGUAGGUCACUUCAGGACGAUCUACAAGAACUUCAUGAAUUUUCUACCUCCUAUGAUUGAGAUUUCCAUGAAUUUUUCGAAUCAUCUAAUAUAUGAUACACG